AUGAAUCGAACAAAAAUCUAUCCCGCGCUUCAAUUGCUGGCUGAGAGUGAGACAUAUCGGGUUACUGGAGGAUUUAAGAUAGUGGAUAGAUGGUUCCAGGUUCCGUUGGAUUACUUUAAUCCAAGGAAGGGUAGUAUUAAGAUUUUCGCGAGAAACGCGAUUCCAAACAAGAAGGAUGAUGAUGGCGCAGCUGGGGGAAAGCUUCCUUACUUCAUUUAUCUCCAAGGUGGCCCUGGCUUCGGAUGUGGUCCUCCAAGCUCCCAUCCGGUAACAGAUUUCUUAUUCGAGCAGGGCUAUCAAGUUUUAUAUAUUGACCAACGCGGCACGGGAAUGAGUACACCGAUUUCUUCCUUCACAUUAGCGAAACAGGGCAGUGUGCGAGAGCAAGCAGAUUAUGUGAAGCUUUUCAGGGCAGAUAAUAUCGUGAGAGAUUGUGAGGCUAUACGUUUAUCAUUGCUUCCGGAGGGUGAGAAGUGGUCGGUCAUCGGGCAGUCGUUUGGGGGCUUUUGUGCGGUUACUUAUCUAUCACUUCAUCCCGAAGGUCUUAAACAAGUGUUCACCACUGGUGGGAUGCCCCCGCUUGUCAACAACCCAGAUGAAGUAUACAGGCGUAUGUACCUCAAGGUCAAAUCCAGAAACAAAGUAUAUUAUGAGAAAUAUCCUAGAGAUAUUAAAAGGGUAAGGGAUAUUAUGAAGUAUCUGGAAAAUAAUGAAGUGUUUAUGCCGAGCGAGGGAAUGUUAACCCCGGAGAGGUUUUUGAGUUUGGGUUUGGCGUUUGGGGGACAUGGAGGAAUCGAUUCUGUUCAUAUCCUUGUCCAAAAUGCGGCCAGUGACCUUAACCAAUUUGGAGCUUUGACCUACAAAACCCUCUCCUCUAUUGAGUCACACCAAAGCUUCGACACGAAUCCCAUCUACGCCAUCGGCCAUGAAAUGAUUUACUGCCAGGGUGAGUCAUCACGAUGGUCCGCCCAAAGGGUAUUAGAUGCUACUAGUAAGCCCUCAAUAUUCUCGUGGGAGGACAUGAAGGAAGUCGACGAAACCGAGCCUGUUUACUUCACUGGCGAAAUGAUAUAUCAAUGGAUGUUCAGCGACUUUGCAGAGCUCCACAAGAUGGAGGAAGUGGCGGAGAACCUUGCAGAAUAUAAAGACUGGCCACAGCUCUACGAUGAAGAAGUGCUAGCACAGAACCAAGUUCCAGUCUUCGCUGCCACAUAUAUCGAGGAUAUGUAUGUGGACUGCGAUUUUGCUAGGGAGACUGCAGGGAAGAUUAAUGGUGCGAAGGAAUUCGUGACGAACGUCAUGUUUCAUAAUGCAGUCCGAAGUAAGACGGAGGGGGUGCUUGGAGAGUUAUGGAAAUUGAAAGUUGGAGAGGUUGAUUAG